AGUUUCAACUUCAAGCUCCAAAUCUAGCUAUGGAGCUAACCAUAAAAAACAACAAAAAAAUAAAGAAUACUGCUAUACUACUAAUCUCCACAGCAUUAAUCCUCAUCACAAUAAUCAUCCAUCUCAAUUAUCCAUUAAUAUUUCUUCAGAGUCCUUCUCUAUAUUCUUCGAGCUACAGGCAAAAUUCCUCGGUGAUUCAUGCAGGAGGAGAUAUUAAUAAAACCGAUGAUCACGAGAAAUGCGAUAUCUUCACGGGCGAAUGGGUACGGAAUGCGGAUGCUCCGUAUUACACGAACACAACGUGUUGGGCAAUCCACGAGCAGAAUAACUGCAUUAAAUACGGGCGACCCGAUUUGGAUUUCUUGAAGUGGAGGUGGAAACCCAACGGUUGCGAAUUGCCCGUUUUGAACCCGUAUCGGUUCUUGGAUAUGGCCCGGGGUAAGAAAAUGGCAUUUGUCGGUGAUUCUGUGGGGAGGAACCAUGUGCAGUCUAUGAUUUGCCUUUUAUCCCGGGUAGAAUACCCGAUAGAUGUCUCCACAACUUCGGAUGACCACUUCAGACGCUUGAGUUACGUAAAUUACAAUUUUACCCUCGCCUACUUUUGGACCCCUUUUCUGGUCAGAUUCGAAGAACGAGACCCCGAUGGCCCGGCCCACACCGGCCUCUUCAACCUCUACCUCGACGAGUCCGACGAGUCAUGGGCGAGUCAAAUCGACGGGUUCGACUACCUCGUCCUCAACGCCGGCCACUGGUUCCCCCGCACCACCGUCUACUACGAGAACCGCCACAUCGUCGGCUGCCGCUACUGCAAGCUGCCCAACGUCACCGAGUACCCAAUGGCCUACGGCUACCGUUACGCCUUCCGAACAGCAUUUAAGGCCAUCAACGAGCGGAAAAACUUCAGCGGCGUGACGCUCCUACGGACAUUCGCGCCGGCGCACUUCGAGAACGGGAUGUGGAACGAGGGUGGAGACUGCCCGCGGCGGCGGCCGUACCGGAGCAACGAGAAGACUCUGGAGGGUGAUAAUUUGGAUAUGUACGUGAUUCAGUCGGAGGAAUUAAAGGCUGCACAAAAGGAGGGGAAGAAGGAAUUCAGGUUGCUGGAUACGACGCAGGCGAUGCUACUGAGACCAGACGGGCACCCGAGUAGAUAUGGGCAUUGGCCUGAUCAGAACGUGACGUUUUACAAUGAUUGCGUGCAUUGGUGCUUACCCGGACCCAUUGAUUCGUGGGCCGAUUUUUUGGCCCAUAUAAUUAAGAUGGAAGCCCGGAGAACCUCCGCUGAGAGACUCUUUCAGCGAUAGAAGUAAAUGCACUGAAUUUCGUCGAUCCUUUCCUUUUUUUUCCCAAGAUAAAUAUAUGAAUAUUAACAAACUCUACUACUUUAUUC